AACCAGUGCACAGGCUGAGCGGAGGGGGCGGAGUCGGAAGCAGUAGUAAGGAAAACUUGUACUUGGCGGAAGUGAGAAAGAGUGAGAAACCGGAAGUGUGAGAGAGGGAAGUGCCCGACACCGGCUGCCCGCUGACCGAGAUCUGGAGGUUGGCGGAGUGCUGUUCCUGGGACGCCGUGAUAUCGCCUGAGGACCGGCUUUACCGAAUUAUCGCCAGGAGGGAUCUCGGGGGCCGAGUGACAGCAGUCUCAGUAGGAGUCCUGGAGGCCCAGAGGUCGCUGGUCUUCGGUCACUUACCGUCCGUGUUCACACACUACCGCGACCACCGGGAGCCGCUCCUGGAGCACACCUUCCGCUACUGCUUGGGUGAGUGAGUGUCCGCCGUGUCCGGGGAGAUAGCGAACACUGAGCACCAUAACUACUGCGGACUGUGCUGCCGGCCCGCCCGGCUUUAUACAGUCACAGCAGCUGGGCCACAGUGUGCGGGCUGAGGGAUAUAAAGCACCGUAUAUAAUGUACAGUGAUAGAAUGCCAGCCCACACUGGGGCUGCAAAACCAAUAGAACGUGAACAACAGUACAAAGAGAAUGUAAAACACACAAUAUUGCGCAAGGGCUGACUGUUACCUUAGUGUAGGACACCCUGUGAGUUAAUGUCCAUGUAAAGCCUGCUCUGUUAUUUAAAUCACACGUACAUACAUACAGCUUUUUUUAAUUGCUUUGCCUCCCCACGCUCCCUGUUUUAAAGAAAAUGUUAAAAGUGUGUAGCUUUUUGUCUUUUUUUUUUUUUUCUCCUCUCCCUGGGAACUUUUCAUCGAGCGCAGUAUUGAAGAAAAACAAAUUGCAAAUAUUGGUGAGGGCGAACAGUCACAAGCUAAGAAUUACACACAAUGGAGAAAUACAGUAAACAGAGUGCAGGUCAGGAGUCCGGAUACAAAUCAAGGGCUCAUGAGCUGCACCACUGUAACCACCUAAUAGGGAGCUCCAAUGAGUGGGUAACCGUCCAAAAUAUGUAGGUAAUAGGAGUAGGUGAUGUGUAGAUUCCCACAAGGGGAAACCAACAUCAGGAGAGCUCCACUGUAUAAGAAAUGAGGAAGGGAGGCCCCACCUUUAAUCAAUCUAAGGAUAAAAAUGGAUAUGCAAGCAAAAAGUAUAACUUGGGGGAAAAAAGGGGAGAUCUACUAAACAGUGCCCCGGGGAUCAAUUGUCUGGAGUACUAGCUAGCAUCUAAGUUCCAGUUCCCCUAGUGUCCGACUGACAGGAAGGUAGUGUAAAUGAGAUUAGGGAGAGAGAAGAGGCACAGAGUCCCCAGAGAACAAGGGACCGGGUAAUCAGGUCUAAACGCAGAUGAAAAGCCUCAAACAAAAAAUACAUAAUUAAAUAAAUCUCUCAAUUCACCCUAAAAGUUACCUCGAUACCAUGGUCUAACCACCAGUGUCUACCUGAACCAACUCUCCCUACUGAAGUUAUAAAUAAACAAACAGCUAAAAAUCAAUAACCAAAGUGGUAACAAAAAUAAAAAAGUGCUACCAAGUGCAGAGAUUAAAGAAAAGGAAAACGCUCAACACGCAUUUCAGCGUGUUCAAAAUGCCGCCGUCAGGAGCAUGUGAGAUUGAGUAAAGGUAGAGCCUCCCUUCCUAAUUUCUUAUACAGUGGAGCUCUCCUGAUGUUGGUUUCCCCUUGUGGGACUCUACACAUCACCUACUCAUAUUACCUAAGAAUUACACACACACUCAUAUGUUGAUUGCUUUAUUUUCAUGAGGAAUAAUGUGCACAUUCUUGUUUUGCCACAAAGCACAUAUCGUUGCUAAUUAAACGUGUCAUGUAUAUUUCUGUUAUGACUGUAUCUAUGUGUCAGCAUAUAAUAUGCAGUCAAAAUAAAUAGUUGAUUUUCUGGGUAUAUACCGUGUUUACUCAAAUCUAAUGUGCCUUUUUUGGGGCAAAAUUGUUUCCAAAAAUGUUAUGCGCAUUAAGUUUGAGUACAAACAGUGCAUUAGAUACAACAAAAAUUCGUUGGGGUGAGAUUCGCAUUGCUGCGAGACUUUGUGUGCCAUAAAGUUGUACCUUGCAUCUUUGCCAUAUAUAAAUACAAACUUAAUCAAAUCAAAGAGCUCAGGUCUGUAGAAUAAAUAGCACACUCUGGCUUCACACCCCUCCCCCGGCAAAUAUCAUCCACUUGAUUAAAUUUUAGUCCCAGUUUUACUUACUAUUGUGCCACCAAAAACUCUAGGAACUGCAGCAAUGGUCUAACCAAGCUGAAGUUACACAGGGAGAUUGCCUUUCAUCAUCUUGGACUUUUUCAAUGCAUUAAAAUGAAAUUCAAACCAAAGAGCAUAUUCCCACUUCAGUAGCCCUUUUGGCUUUCCUAAGCCACACUGAGCAAAGAAUAAUUUUCUUGGGCCACACACUAUAUAAUAUAAUUUUAUAUAAUAUUUCAAAAGACCUAUUCUUAAUUUUAUAUUCUUUAUAUAGCACGAACAGAUUCCGUAGUGCUUUACAACAUUAUAAGAGUGGGGAUUUAACUAUAAAUAGGACAAUUACAAGAAAACUUACAGGAACGAUAGGUAGUUGAAGAUCCUGCUCAAACGAGCUUACAAUCUAUAGGAAGUAGGGUGUAAAACACAACAGAACUGGAAAUAGCAAUCAAAUAAGGUGGGAGUGAAUCAGAGCUGGAGAAGAGUGCUGCCCAUUAGGAGAGAGCAGGAGACAGGUAUGUGAGGUAGAGGUUACUCUGGGAGGCCACAAGCUUUUCUAAAGAGAUGGAUUUUUAAGGCACUUCUUAAAUAAUUGAAUACUAGGGCAGAGUAUGGCGGAAGGCAGGUUAUUCCUUAGGUAGGGAGCUGCCCGCAAGAAGUCCUGCAAGCGUGAUUUGGCCAUAUGCGUGCAAGCAGCAGACAGGAGGUGGGCAGAGUGGAGAGACCAAGAAGGGGCAUACCUAUGGAUCUGUGAAGAGAUAUGAGGGGCUAGAAUUGGUCAAUGCUUUAUACGUAUGGGCUAGCACUUUGAAUUGACUCCUGUAGGUUACAGAAAGCCAGUGUAAGGACUGACUAGAGAGGAAAAUCAGCCUGGCGGCAGCAUUCAUUGCAGACUGUAGCGGGGCAAUACGCUUUUGGGGAAGAUCAAUUAGGAGAGGACUACAAUAAUCCAUGCAGGAAAUUACUAAAGCAUGGACAAGCUCCUUAGUAGCAUCUUGCUUAAGAAAGGGGCGGAUGCAAGCUAUGUUUUUAAGGUGGAAUCUACAGAACUUGGUAACAUGCUGGAUGUGAGGCUCAAAGGUGAGGCCAGAAUCAAGUAUAACACUAAGACAGCGCGCUUGCAAGGAUGGUCUGAUGUGGAUACCACUAACUUGAAGGGAGAGCAAAAGAGGAGGAUCAGUAUUAGGAGGAUGAAAAAAGACAAGGAGCUCAGUUUUAGAGUGAUUAAGUUUCAGAAAGUGGGAGGACAUCCGGUCAGAGAUGGAAGAAAGACAAGCAGUGACAUGUUGCGGGACGGCAGGGGAGAGGUCUGGGGAGGAGAGCUAUAUCUGGGUGUCAUCAGCGUACAUGUGGGAGUGGAAUCCGAAUGAGGUAAUACAUUUUCCAAGAGAGAUAGUAUAAAGAGAAAAUAGAUGGGGACCAAGGACAGAGCCUUGAGGGACUCCAACCAAAACAGGACGAAGGGAGGAGGUAUCAUUAGAAAAGGAGACACUGAAUGAGAGUUGGGAGAGAUGAGAGGACAGUCACAGAGACCAAGUGAUUGAAGAGUUUGAAGAGCAUGUUCAACAGUGUCAAAAGCAGCAGAGAAGUCAAGAAGAAUUAGUAUGGCGUAGUGGCCUUUUGGAUUUAGCUGCGAUUAGGUCGUUCUUAACUUUGAUAAGAGCAGUCUCAGUAGAGUGGAGGGGGCAGCAGCCACAUUGAAGAUGGUCAAGGUGAGAGUUGGAAUUGAGACAUAUGGGUAAAGACUAUGUAUUUCCAGAAGCUUUGAGGAAAAAGGGAGCAGGGAUAUGGGACGAUAGUUAGAGGGGGAGGACGGGUCAAGAGAUGUUGUGUUUUUUUCAGGAUAGGUACUACAGUGGCAUGUUUACACAGAACUCUCCUCAUGGAGAUGCAUUGAUUUAUGUAUAUCUAUGAGGAGAUGCUGUGUUUCACUUGUGCUGGCUCUGCCCCUGAUAUGCCUAUUUUGACAAGCUCAGCCAAUCAAAUGUGAGAGCAGUGUAAGUGGCUCAGAACACAACUUCUGAUGUAAGCCAAGCAGGCAGAUCAGGGGCAGAGCCAGCAGCAGUAGACUGCUAUUUAGGAGGGCCUGGGGAGAUAGAUGGUGUUUUUAACACUAUAGGGUCGGGAAUACAUGUUUGAAUUACUGAUCCUAUAGUGUUCCUUUAAGAGGUUCACCCAGUCUCCCCAGCUUGUUCUGAGUGAGCUGCAGUGAGUCCUCUCCUUGGUAGCCAGUGGUUGCUGCUGUAAUGGGAUCACUGUGUUCUUCCUGCACAGAUCCCUCAGCCACCCGUGAUGCCAGAAUUAUGUCAUAUCCCAGCUGCUGGCUCACAACAGGACGCGCGAGGGUGCUGUGCAGAAACAGCACAGUAAGUAAUGGGCUCUCUCCCCACCCAGCACCUAGGAUGGCAACUGGGCCACAUUACAUGCAGUUCAGGGCUGCCUGCGGGCCGUGGGUUGGAGGCGCCUGUUUUAGAACAUUUUGAUUACACACUCCAUGUGGAUUGCAGUAUUUUAUUGCAAGUGUUCUGUAUCCUGAUCUUUAAUUUAAAAUCCUUCAAUCUGUCUUUAAAGGAAUACUGUAGCGUUAGGAAUGCAAACUGGCGUUCCUACAGCUUUAGUUCCCUGGUCACUCUUUAGUUAACCAGGCCCGCACUGUCUGUUUUAAAAAGGUGAUUUUACUUACCUUUUCUCCCCCGCAGUGCUUUCCCAUAUGAAAGCAUUGUAAGGCUAGUGCACAUGCGCGGCAAAAUCACAAUGCUCCACACCGAUGGGACUCUCUGAGACCAUCUGAUUGAAAUAGUAAAGUCUUAUUCCAUUAUUUGGCAGAAGCGCCUCUAGUAUGACAGCCACUUGAGGCAGGUUAACCAUGCAAUGAAAACAUUGCCAUUCCUGCAGAACAGCAAAGUUUUUUAAAGGGAAACUCCAGUGCCAGGAAAAUAAUCAAUAUUGCCGGGCUCUAGGGUGAGGAAAGGGGUUAAUCCCUUACCUUUUUUUCCAGCGCCGGGCUCCCUCGGCGCUGGGGACUCUCCUCCUUCUUAUCCCGUCAUCGGCUGAAUGCGCGGCAUGAGCCGCGCUUGCAUUCAGCCAGUCCAUAGGAAAGCAUUCUCAAUCGUUUCUAUGGACGCUGGCAUCUUCUCACUGUGAAAAUCAGUGAGAAGCGCCUCUAGCGGCUGUCAAUUAGACGGCCACUAGAGGUUGGAUUAACCCAUAUGUAAACAUAGCAGUUUCUCUGCUUUUGUUUACAGCUGAAAGGGUUAAUCCUAGAUGGACCUGGCACCCAGAACACUUCAUUAAGCUUAAGUGGUCUGGGUGCCUUUAAUAUUUAAUCUGUUCUUUAUAAUCAUAGUUCACUUUAUUUCUUUACUUCAAUCGAAAAUGGCUCCCUCUUAUGACAACCCUUUAUGUCAACCAACUGUAUUUACAACUGUGUGAAACUUUUUUUUUAAAAUUAUUUAAAUGCGGAGGAGAGGGCCCUAAAUAUGAGUACAUACAGGAACAUUAUAGCUUUUGGGAAAACAGCUAAAAUGCAGUGAAGAUGCAAUGUGAAAUGAGUAAUUCAAAAUAUGAACCAAAAAUAUAAAAAUAAAAUACAGUAGUUAAAACUGCAUAAAAAUAUAGCUUGGUAUAACUAUAUCCCUAAAAAAUAGACUCCAGCCAUUCUACAACAAACUUAAAAAUUAGGAACAUGUGUAAUAUCGUACUUCUUGUGAUGUACCUGAAAUAAAGAGAGGAUAAAAUCUUUUACAUAAACACAAAUAGUCAUUACAAUAACCAUUGGUUGAAUGUGGCAACUGUAAAAAAAAAUAAAAAAUGUUAUGGUUCAAUUUAAAUUAUCUCUUCUAAUUUUUUUUUUUUUUAAUAGAAUUUUAUAUAUUUUUAAGGUUUACUCCCAACAUCAUUACCACCACAGCCCACUGAUAUGUAUACAGACUCAACGCACAGCACAACUUCAGAUCACUAGAGUGGUUAUAAAUAAAAACAAAUGUGCUAUAACUCAUCUGUAUUUUUUCUUUUCCUGUGUAGUAAAUAACGCUCAAACUGAAAUAUGAUAGGAACCAGGAUUGGGUGAAAAAACUUGGCCAUUUCCUGGUCCCUGCAUGCAAUACUGGUUUACAUAUGUCAGUUUUUAUUUAUUUUAUCUUAUUGAUUUAUUUUUGUGUGUGUGUGUGUUAUCUGGAGUGACCUGUUAAGCAAUACAUCUUAUGUAAGUGAAAUUUUCAAUGGUUGUUACUCAUAUAUUUGUAUAGAAUGUUUCUCCACUUUUCCAGAUUCUAGUCAUUGCAUAGCCCCCAAACAGUGAUAGUAUGUUUGGAGUAGUUACUAGAAUAGCUAACAUUUAUUUAGUAUAAUACCACUGAAAUGAAGGACAUUGUUACUGUGUUAAUAGAAUACACAAGAGCAUAGCCAGUGGCUGCAACUCCAUAAUUUCUGUGGAUCCAGCAUGUUCUCUGCUGAUUGCUAUAUGUGGCUCUGAGGGGGGAAAAAAACAUUCUAUACGCAAUAUGCAUUCUAUACAAUAUCCCUAUUUAUCAAUAACAAAACCGGUUAUGGAAAAUAAUCUUCUUUGAUCAUGUGUUGUGGCAAAUUUGUAUUUUUGUCUUCCAAAAUUAAUGCUAGUCUUUUGCCACCUGAGACUGAGAGCGCACAGGUUGAUCAUCGCCUUUUUUUGUAGAUGCAGAAAGACUAACUUAACCCUUAGUGACCAACUUCAUAACACCUUUAGGAUCACAAUCUUGUCUCUAAAGACCCCAUUUACUAGUAUGGAAUGUUCUACUUGUUUUGCAUUUACAGUUUCAUACAGCCCUGCAAUCGUGAACUGUGCAUGAUCUUUAAAGACUUGUAAUGUAUUAUUACAUCAUUGGUCCUUCAGGGAUUUCUUGUGUUUAAAAACACAUUGAUUUGCAGAAAAAUGUAACAAGGCUGUAUUAUAAAUACAAAAAGUACCCUUGUUUUUAUUGGAUUGGAGUGAUUUAGUGUUCAGUUUUUUUCUUCUUUUCUUUAGACCUUUUAGAAAUUUUCCAGGUUCAUGGAGGGAAGAUAAAACACUUUUUAAAAUUUAUUUAUUUUUCAAAUAUAUGUAUUUCAGAGUGACAUGACCUUUAACGCUGACUGUUAAGUGUUAAGAACGCACCCUACUCAGAGUGCACAUGACUUGGUUAUGGUGGUGGAAGGGUUAAAAUUAAUUUUGUCUGCACUAAACCGAAAAUGAUAAAAAUCCCAAAUAACACCAUCCACCCUUAAUUAUAAUACUUAACUUAAUGGGGUGCCUUGGUACCCCAAGAAAAUUAGGCUGGUUUCCUAAUAAAGUGAUCUAAUUGGGUAACACAAGUCUUUACCAGACAAAGAGAGAACUUAAAGGGACACUCCAGGUACCAAAACAAAUUUAUCUAAAUUAAGUUGUAAUGGUGCCAGGAGCCCCUUGGAGGAGGUUAAACUGUUCUCGUUUAGUGAAUGAAAAGUCACUGGCUGAGAGCGUCCCCUGCCCUGCGGCACUCUACACUUCCUAUAAGUGAAAAUUCAAAAGUCAGAUGCCGCCAGGGGAGGUGUGAGACCUGCACUGGAGGCAACUUAGGGGUUAAACCAUUUGAGAACAGUUUAAUCCUUUGAUGCUACUUCUCUGAAAAGGCAGUGUUUACACGAAAAUGCCUGAAGGGAGUGAUUAUACUCACCAGAACUUUAUUAAGCUGUAGUUGUUCUGGUGACUAUAGUGUCCCUUUAACUGCAAUAAACAAUCCUAAUAAUCAUCAGAAAUAACUUGCAUGGAACCCGUAAGAGCUAGACAUAUGUCAAAAUACGCCCCAACGUUUCGGCACCAAAUGUGAAUUUCUCAAAUCCCCUAAGAGGCACAUUUGGUGUUGACCUGUCUAGCUCCUUCAGGCAUCAUGUAAGUUAUUGCUGAUGAUGAUCAGGAUUGUUGAUUACAGCUUGUAUUGGUUAUUGUAUACUAGUAUAUUGCUUUUAUGUUGUAAAGAUUGCCUUUUGUAUAUGAUUUAGUUUGGUGUGCAUAAUUUUGUCUGUAUGUACACUUUAGGGAUUGACUCGUUAGCAUAGCACACAGUAUAUUUGGUUCUCAUGACAAAUUCUCUCUGUUUUUGUAAAAUACAAAUUAUUUACACCAACAAAUUAAAAACAAAAAAAGGCAAAAUUAACACCUGUCACGUCCGAAGUACUCACUUAGGUUUUGAAAGGAACAUUGUCUUCUGGCUGGGGGAUCUGUCAUGAAAAGAUGGCAACGUACACAGAAUUAGAUCUUGCCCUAGCACACUAGGCAUUUGCACAUCAUUGGAUAUAUAUACCUCCUAUAUGCAUCUCAAGUUGCCCCCGUUGUGUUUCAGACCAACACCAAUCUAAAUUUUAUUUUAUUUUCUUUGUGCAUAACCACCAAUAAUUAUUGCAAAUUAUUGAAUUUGUAGCAAUUUUUCAAUUCCAUACAUAUGUCACACUUUCUAUUUAUGACCUAAGACAUUGGACUUAAAGGGACACUAUAGGGACCCAGACCACUUCAGCUCAUUGAAGUGGUCUGGGUACGGUGUCCCUAUUGCACUUAGUGCUGCAAUGUAGUUUUUCUAAAACUAGCACUAAAAGAUCGCCUCUAAUGGCUGUCUACCAGAUAGCCACUAUAGGCGCUUCCGGAAUUUUACCGCUAACAGACGACGUUUUGGUCCACUACUUUCCUAUUGGAAAAAAAUGACUCAGUGCUUUCCUGCGGGGUGGCAUAAUUAUUCUUAUUUAAUUAUUCUAAUGCAUGCGCAUUAGUGCCCCCAAAUUAAGUGAUGUCAGAGGGGGUGGAGCAGUGACCCAGCGCAGAGAGACAUCGGCGCAGGGUCAGAUAAAGUGUUUUAAACUCUUUAUUAAUCGGGGGCAGGGGUGAGGCAGAGAUGGCUAUAGUGACAGGAAUACACAGCUCCACGCUGCCCUUGGCUGGCCACCUCCAUGCUUGCUUGGGCUGACCAACACCCUGGAGCCUGAGAUUUGUCAAGCCCUGCCUAACGCUAUAGUGUUCCUUUUUAGGGUUGAGAAUGUGUCUUUAUUACAGCCACUAACGAUUUGCCUGCAAUCCAAAAGUUAAGACAGGCCUGUGCAUACUGUAGUUGGAAUGUAAGGGGUUAUGUAUCUAUCUUUUAUUAAUAAACGUUGUGACUUCAUAAAUUUUGACUCUGGUUCCCAGAUUCCUUGGAAUUUUGUCCAACAGUGCUUUACUAUCAUGUAAAACAAUCUUACUUAAAGAGAACUUGUCACUCCAGGUUCAACUUUAGCUGUAAUAGCUCAUCAUUAAUCACAGUGAUAAAUUAUUUCUAUGCUUUGGAAGCUGUUACAUUACUCAGCUUCAGCUCCUCACUGCGAGUUCCUAUUGCAACCCCCAUAAAAAUAGUAAAAUAAAAGUUUUACUUACAGGAGUGUCUACUCCGUACUGCUGUUUGCUCUGUAUCUUGCAAUGUCAUUAGGCUUUGCUAUCUCAGCAGUGGUCCAAUCCAGUGCUCCUCCUGAUGUGAGUUCCUUAUACGUAUCCAAUCACAUGCUUCUCAUAGAAUUGAAUUCAAUGCUUUCAUAUGACCUGCAUUUGACCACAUGACCAGAGUUUCACUCCGUUGUAUAGGAAGGUUCUCUUGUGGCAUGUCAGGUUUUACUCUGCAAUGUAACAAUUGGAGUUUCUACAAGACUGCAGUGUUUUUACAUUGUGGGGUUAAAAUUACAGGGCCACUGCACCCAGACCACUUUUUUGAGAUGAAGUGGUCCUUUAAAUAUUUAUAACACCCACCAUCAGCUGCAGCCACCUGUGUGUAGUGACUGACCCUGUAGGCUUAAAUUUACAAGUCAUAUGGUACUAGACAGGCCUUACAGGCCAGUGGAUGGUUGGAUGGUGUAUGGCACACCUUACCAGGGGUAGACUUUUUUAUUUGCUAGGGCUAAAUUGUCAUUUGUAUAUGGCUAACGUGAGAGAAAUAAUUGGAAAGACUUCAUAUCUGCCAGAUGCUCGGUACUUUGCAGAGCCCUUAAAAUUUCUCCUUCAAAAUACUCAUGAACAUUGUAACUUGAAAUGGAGAAGGGAGUGACUACUUUAAAAAAACAAAACAAUUGUAUCCUAACUGCUAAAAUGAGCUAUAUAGACUGUUGCAUUUCGAUUGCCCCUUGAACUUGUACAAAUGUUUCCACCAUUUAUCCUGUUUUUUUUGUACAAUUUGUAAAGUAUCCCCUUUUCUGUGUAUUUUCUUAUUUUCCUGCUGGAUCUUCUUUAAAGGGACAUGCAUCACUUUGAAGCAACUGUCUCAUUGUGCAGCCUAAAACAAGCAGGUAAAUAUGUUUGUUUUAAUGUUUACCUGCUUCUUCUCUCUUAUGCUUUCCACACCCACUCCAGGGGGGACUCUGAUCUAUCCAAUUAGUGUCCUAUCCCUAGGAAUGGUGAAAAAGUGCACUGGGCAUGCCUGACAUGUGCAGUUGGAAGACAUCUUCACCUUGCAACAUCCUGAUAUGGGGAUAAGAGAUUGCUGCUUCUGCUGCACAGUGAUGCACCAUUUUUGUCAUAAGUGUACUGGUUUGAAACUAAGGUUGAUAGGUAAGCGGGGGAGGCUGAAUAAUCUCCCCUAGCUGAGAGGCAUACCCAAUAAUGCAAUUUGACCAAGUUUAUACUACGUUUAUAAAUGUCUAUUACAUAUUUUUCUAAGUUUUUCAUGCUUUAUUUUGACUUGUAUAUUGGUUUAAAAGUGUUUGCUUGUUUAAAAAAAUAAAAAAAGGUCAAGUGAUGCAUGUUCCUUUUAAAGUAGACGUGUGAGGCUUUAAAGCAGUGAACAGAUCUGUGAUAUUUGAAAUUUGGUAUUUGCCUAUAAUUUAUUAAUUUAUUAGAACUUUUCAAUUUGUAUGUGAGAUAUUGCAGAUAGGAGCUCCGUACUAGUGCUGCAACUAUGCAAACAGCUUCAUUCUCUUUCCUUUUUUUCCAAGUGUCUUCCACUAUUUGCACUAGUUAAUUUGUAAUAAUAACAUACGGAUCAACUUUGAAACACAAGCAUGGAUGGAAAAUACAUAUUGUUAAAGGGACACUGUAGGCACCCAGACCACUUCAGCUCAUUGAAGUGGUCUGGAUGCAGUGUCCCUGUUGCACUUAGUGCUGAAUGUAAAACAUUGCAGCUCUGAAUCUGCCCUCAGUGACGGUCUACCAGACAGCCACUAGAGGGCUUCCGGAAUUUAAACGGACCUUGGGUCCGUUAUCUGACGCUGGACGUCCUUGCGCUCUGCAUGAGGACCUCCAGCGUCAGAUUUUCCCAAUAGGAAAGCAUUGUAUAAUGCUUUCCUAUGGGGAAAAUGCUAAUACGAGCGUGGCCAUCGGCACUGGAUUCAGGUAAGUGACUGAAGGGUUUUAAACUCCUUGAGUGUGGGGGUGGGGAGGGGCCCGGUGCCAUAGAAAUCUAUAAUGCCAGGAAAACAGCUUUGAUUUACUGGCAGUAUAGGAUCCCUUUAAUGUGCCUUGGUUAUACUGGUAAACUAGACAGUAUGUGGGAGAUAAAUGGUUGGAUUAGGACUGGGAUUAUAGGUAGGUUAAUAAAUAAGAUUAUGGGUCGGGUUAGCGUCAGAUUAUGGAUAGGAUUGGAAGUUUGAUUAUGGAUAGGAAAAGUAGUUGGAUUUGGGGCAGGAUUAUGUAAAAUUGUAUACAUGCGGGAUAUCACUGUACCAGAGAACAGUAGCAGAAUACAAAUAUGCAGUUUUUGCAGUAGUGGGACACCCGUGGUCUAUGAAUUUCCUGACCCUAUAGCGUUAAGAACACCAUCUAGCUCCCUCGGCCUCCUCUUGCAUACCUAAAUAUAAGUACAAUCUUACCUUUACUCCAGUCUGCUGCUCCUGGCUCGUGCCCCUGAUCUGCCAGCUGGCAGAAGUGAUUCUCUCAGCCAAUCACAAUGCUUUCCCGUGGGAAAGCAUUGGAUUGUUUUGAGGCUGCCAAGAAGGCCAAGCCAAACACAGCCCUGGCCAAUCAGCAUCUCCUCAUAUAGAUACAUUGAAUCAAUGCAUCUCUAUGUGGAAAGUUCUUUCUCCAUCCAGGAAACACCUUUAGUAGUCAUCUGAGGUGUUGCCAGUGGAGGUGGUUCACUGAAAAAAGUGUUUACUGCAAAAAGCCUGAAGGUACUGAUUUAUACUCAUCAGAACAAAUACAAAAAGCUGUAGUUGUUCUGGUGACUAUAGUGUCCCUUUAACUAAUUUGACCUAGGUUUUUGAUAAAAUGGUUAAAUAUAAAGUGUCAAAAUGCAAUUAAUUACAUAGCCAUGGGAAUGUACUUUCUACAAAAAAUAAACUUUUUGUUUUGUCGUUUUGGAUUCUGUGACUACUAUAUUAUUAUAAGUUGUAAUCUCAGCAUUCCAAUUUAUUAACUUCUUGCAGUGUUUUAUGGCUUCUUAAGCACUUUGUAUAAAAGAGCUUCAAUGCUAGACCUUGGCUUACGGGCAGGGCCUUCUUUACCUUUUGUAUUGGUCUGUGCAUAUUGUAUGUUCUAACCCAAACUGCACAACGCUGUGGAAUAUGUUGGCGCAUUAUAAAUGCCAGUAAUAAAUAAAUAAAUUGAAAUUAGACCUAUUGGGCGUUUUAAAAAUGAUAAAUAACAUGUAUGUGUUAAUAUUGGUUUUGUAUUUUUUUUCUACCCUAUUGUAGCAAUGCAAUGUUUUGUAGACCCAUACUUGAAAAGGAGAGAAAUCUCAAUGUAUCCAUCCUGGUAAAAUAUUUUAUAAAUAAACGUGGUGUAGAAUGAAUGCAUUGCAAAAAGGCCUUGGUCAAAAACGCUUUGCAUAUGAAAAAAGCCAUUUAAAAAAAAAAAAAAAAAAAGGGGGUUUAACUAAACUAAAAUUCGCUAAAAUUUCUUGUGGAAGGUACGUUUCUUUCCAAGCCAGUUUAGUGAAUGGGGAGUCACUGAUUGGCAGAGAGCAGUCAGCCGAAACUCUCAGCCAAUCUGUGGCACAUCUGCCUGGCGGCAAUACGUGCUCCCUCAAUCUGAAAAUUCAGCAGCUUGAUGCUGCCAGGGGAGGAGUGAACAUCUCCACUGCAGGCAACUUUGGGCUAAAAUUGUUUGAGAACAGUUGAACCCCUUGUGGUAGGAAUGCCGCCUGGCACCAUAACCACCUCAUUUAGAUGAAGUUGUUUUUUGUUUUUGGUUUUUCCCCGAGAGUUCCACAUUAAAGAUAAUUUUUGGUUUAAUCUAACAUUUGAUUUAUGCUACCUGGUAACCAGUUAAAGGGUUACUGCAAUCCUUUAGUUAAAAUUUAAGAUUUUAGGAUUAGAAUGCCCUAUUGGACGUUACCAAUAGGUCCCCCAUCCUUAACUCAUAAGUGUUUAAACCAGGGGUACCCAAAAGGUAGAUCGUGUUAGAACUACAGCUUCCAUGAUACUUUGUCAUUCAAAGACAAAGGCAUGGAAAGCAGCAUGUGAGUUGUAGUUCUACAACAUCUGGCCAUCUCCCUUUUGGCACCCCUGGUUCCAGCACAGAGUGAAGCUCUGGGCACCAAACUUUAUUUUAAUGUCUGCAAGGGCCUUGCCCAGUCCAAUCACAAGCUUCUCAUAAAGGAGCUUGUAAUUUGACAGUUUCACCAGCUCAGAACACAUGCGUGUGAAGGGAGGAAGAAAUAUUCUGUUUAAAUCCCCCAAAAAUGUAAGCAGGAGUAAGCUACUUCCCCUUGCAGGAGCCCUGCCUGCAAUGAAGAAGAUUACAGGUUGCCAAAGUCACGUGUGCCAUGGGUCUAACUAGCCCCCCCAGCAAACAAGUGCAAGUAUCUCUGGAUGUGCAGUGUUUUAAGCAGAAAUGUUGCACAUACAGACUCAUAAGUACUUUAGCACAAGGUAAAAUGGCUAUUUUUCUCUCUCCUCCCUUCCGAGAUUCAUGGCAUUCAGAACAUUUCAGAGGAGCUGUUGCUGGGUGGUUCCCGAACAGAUACAUUUCUGAAAGGCUCCAAUAAUUCUGAGCCUGAUAUUACCAGUUUUAUGGUCAAGCCUAAUAUUUUCACCUGGUCACAAUUGCCCCUGUUUUACAACUUUACCCUGACAUUGCUGUUUAAUUAUAAUUAACAGUGGAUAGAAUGAGUUUCCUAAUGAGCCUUGUUAAUUUGUAGUUUAGGGUCUCAAUCUAUACAGAAGCAUUAUCAGUACCCCAGAAAACCGUUUAAGUCAUCAAACGGCAAAUAUUUGUGAAGUUGACUUCAGGGAUAUGGGGGUUAUGAAUAAAAAGUAUUGUGUCCAAUGUUUGUUUUUGUUUUGUUUUUUCAAUAAUUUUUUGUUUUUAUUUGCACAUCUUUAUUCCCUUCUUUGUGCAGUUGUAUUUUUUGCUAUGCCAUUUCUUACUUUGUUUUCCUGUUCCAUUUUUAUUUAAUUUUUUUCAGUUCACAAACGUGUCGCUCCCAAUGUGUGAAAGAGAUCAGAGAUAUCCUUCAAAUUGUAAAUGUGUUGUGCAACUUGUGUUAUUUUAUAAAACUGCUAAUUUCAAUGUAUAUUGGCACUUUCAUAAAUAAGACACGGGGACAUGAUCCUAAUGCAUAAACCAGUACAGCUAGCUGAAGUGCUUUAGGGCUCGGAGUGUGCCUUUGACCCUAUGCGCCCCCUUUUGUGCCCACUACCCUCAUAUAAUUUCCUCCACCUGAUGCCCCUUCCUGCUUCUGUUCAUUCUACCUCCAACCUCCUACUGUACAGCUGUAACAAACUGCCUUAUUACAUCAAAUUAGCCACUAUACGUUGUGCCUUUCUCUUAAAAGUGCUUCUCUUUAUUUCCUACUUUAUCCAUUGUGUACACAAUUUGCCUUGCUGAGAUAAUCUAUAAACUAACAACCAAAGUCAGCUUCUCCAACACCAAAUGAACAAGCGUCAUGUCUGUAUUUGUGUAAAGAGGCAGAGCAGUGUAGAUAAAUCCUGAAGACCAUUUGUAAAUUGUGUGUGUAUGUUUUCUUACAGUUGUGAGGUGGAUGACAAUGGCGCAGGAGACUAACCACAGCCAGGCACCUCUUCUUUGUUCUACUGGCUGUGGAUUCUAUGGCAAUCCUCGUACCAAUGGUCUUUGCUCUGUGUGCUACAAGGAACAUUUACAACGGCAGAACAACAGUGGCGGGAGGAAUAGUCCCUCAGGUAAGCAUUGAUCCUGCUGUGAAAAGGUUGAUUGUGAAUGUUAUAGACACUGAAACAUAUGACACCAACGUGUGACACACUUUUCAGUAUGUAAAGGAUUAGUGGGAUUUGAGGACUUUGCUAAAGUGAUGGUAUUGGAAAACAAAAACUGUAUUAAGGGUGGCUGGUGAGGAAUAAAUCUUCAUACUUCUGAUAUGCACUUGGGCUAAGACAGGAUUUUAACCUGUGUGACAACUCAAUUCGAUCAGAAGCAGCUCAUAUAGUGAAGAAAAAAUACACCCAAAAUGUGUAGUAAAGUAUAAAAUCAAAUACCAUUAUUUUCUACACUUAUAAACUUGGGUGGCUGCACAACCACAAUGAUACGUACAUGUUUUGUGUUUCCUAGGGCACUUCAUCAGAGGCAAUUGGGGAAAAAAACCUUGUUAAAGGACCACUAUAGGCACCCAGACCUCUUCAGCUCAGUGAAGUGGUCUAGGUGCCAGGUCCAUCUAGGGUUAACCCUGCAGCUGUAAACAUAGCAGUUUCAGAGAAACUAUGUUUACACUAGGGUUAAUCCAGCCUCUAGUGGCCAAAGAGAUAGGAGCGUUCCCCAGUGCCGAGGGUGCCCGGCGGUGGAGAAAGGUGAGUGUUUAACCCCUAUCAGCCCGGUGGGAGUGGGACCCUGAGGGUGGGGGGGAUUUAAAGACCCUAUAGUGCCAGGAAAACAGUUUGUUUUCCUGGCACUAUAGUGGUCCUUUAAGUUUCAUUACUUUGAUAGAUGAAAAAUAAUGGAUUAUUAUAGUAAAAGUUUAUAAAAGUCAAUCUUUUUAUUUCAGCUACUAUAGUAUCUCUGUACUUCUGUUUCCAUUUUCCUAUAGUUGUGUCAGUGGGAAAUGGGGUUGAGACAUCUUCCAUGCAGCAUGCAGUUACUUCUCAGGAAAAUGAUGUAGUGGAAUCAGAACUCCCAGAAACCACGGAAGCCAGGUAAGCCGUUUAUCUUUAACAUUUAAAGUGAACUUGUCAUGAACCCCGUCCCCAUAACCAAAUGGUCCGUCACCAUGAAGGUUCAUGAGUGUUACACUAUUGUAACAUCCACCUCCAGCUCUCCUGCACUGCAGUUUGAUUUGCCUUGCUUGGGGUCCCUUCCCCAAGCAGGGCAAAUGUUGUCCUUGACGCCAACACGCUGGCUUUACUACCAGCAUCUGAAGUUCCUAUACUCCCUUGCUAGUACUAGAAGUGAUGACUAUGAAGUAACCAUAGAACUCGAGUGCAUGCGUUGUGGUUGCUAUGUUUGGAAGACUGCCUAAAGGAGGUCUCUCUUGUUAAGUCAAUUCUUUGGCACAGAUUUCAGUUGAUUGGCAGGUGGGGAAAGAUACUUUAAAUUUUUUUAUUUUAUUUGUAGUUUGUUCAAGCAACUCUGCUAGCACAACAUAUAGAUUACAUUUUAUGCUGCUGUAGUGAGCAUAAACGUGUGUACCGUGACAGGUACACUAGAUUUAUUUAUUUACUUUAAUUUGAUCUGCACUGGCUUAUUUACUUUUCUGUGACGGUUUCUCUUCUUGGAUUCUAAGCUCAUCAUCACAGGUGGAAUCUAUCUCAUCUUCAGAAGCUGAAAAUACAGAGAACAGAAUUGCAGAAACAAAUGAAACGCAAGGUGAGAUUCAAAUAUUUUUUGUUUUGUUUGUGUGUAGUCCAAAUGUUUACUGUGUAGUUUCAACUGGUGUGUGCAGAGUGACAGAUGUGACUAGUAUAGACAAUGAGCACAAAGACUUUCUUUUCUCAGAAUACACAUAACCAGGGUGAUAUGCGUAUUCUGACUCAUGUCAGGAGAGAUGUGUUGGGAAGAUUGGAAAAAAAGAAAAAUAGAAACAGUGUGAUUGAGGAAGGGGUUGUAAUAAAUGUUUUGUAACGCUCCAGUGGAAAGUGCUGGAAAGUAAGGGCUUUUUUGGAAUUAGUUGUAGAAGAUGUUACUAUUGGAUGUUCCAGAUUGCACUGGCAGGUUCUCAGACAAGGGGUUCAGUUUUUCAAGCAUAGAAAAGGGGGGAUCUCAGCGCAGUGUUUUGGAAGAAGGAUCAAGAAGGGGGAAGAGAAAACUUAAUGAAACAGAUCUGACGUUAGAAAGUACUAAUGGUAAGUGACAGUCUUAUUUGCAUGUGGGGUUUUAAAUCUCCUUUGUAACACACACAGAAUGGGGACCCACUUACACAAUGUCUCCAUGUUUGUCAUCUUCCCCAGCUGCCUCUGCAGAUAGCCCACAGAACUCCUCUGAAGAGCAAGAGCGCUCUCCUGUGAAAGCCAAGUUGAAGAAGAGGAACCGUUGCUUUAUGUGUCGUAAAAAGAUUGGCCUUACUGGUUUGUGUCAAAUUUAAAUGACCAGAUCUUAUAUUUUGUUACCUGUUCUAUAUCACACCUUCUUUUAUGCUAACUUAAUCUCUCCCCUUCCCCCCAUACUUCUGUUGUUCUAUAUAAAUUUUAUCAUAGAUUUUUCCCAGCGAGCUUGUCCUGCUAUUUAUUAUUCAUCACACAGUUUUCUCAUUGUCCUGGCUCCUCAGGGAUCUAUGCUGUUACAUAGAUAUGUGCUAUGGUAAGGCCUUUUGUUGACUCCUAGUCUGCUCUCCAGAAACACACAAAUAUGCUGUAAAAGUGAGAGCAGUCCCAUGCAACAUAAUGGAAUAUUUAUAUUUAAAAUUAGUAUUCUGUGUAAGUAUGCGAACACACCUGGAAUUGCACGUGUCAAAACGUGUAAGCCACUAAUGAAUGUUCUUUAAAUACUCUAAAAAAAAAAAAAAAAAAGCUUAGUUUUAUUUUAGUAAAAAAUAGAGUAAAAGUACCAGCAUUCUAGAAUAAAAUGUUAUUUGUAGGGAACUUGUUUCAUUCUAAUAAGCGCAGCCUCUGAGAUUUUCAUAUUAAGUCUUAUGUAUAGUGUAAUGGUUCCAAAAUGUUAUUCUUGAAGUGGUAGUUUUCUUUAUCUACCUUUCAAAUGUACCUUGGUUGAACAUCACCUAAUUUUAAACAUUCUGUUAUCUGUCCAGCCCAAUAACGCUCUACUUUCCAUAAGCCUUGGUAAAGUCUCGUGGUACUAUUUAUACCUGUUGGUAACACAUGUAUUUUCUCUUGUCAGGGUUUGAAUGCCGAUGUGGGGAUGUAUUCUGCGGAACACACCGCUAUUCUGAUGUUCACAAUUGUUCCUACGAUUACAAAGCUGAUGCAGCUGAAAAAAUCAGGAAAGAAAACCCUGUCGUGGUUGGGGAAAAGAUUCAGAAAAUCUGAUGAAAGCUCGAAGUUUUGUGUUCCUGGUGACACCAGCCUUUUGCCGUGGGAGAUGGGCUGUGUUGGAGUACAAUAUUUUACCCCACCCUGUUUGUUCUUGACUUUGGAUCCAUGGACAUUGGAUCCUCUUCUCUUCAAUUUUUUUUUUUCUUUUUAGUUUGAUUUUCCUCCCCCCCCCCACCCCCCUUUCUUACUUCAGCUUUCCUAAAUGAUCGAAAAAGGAUUAAAAAAAGGAAGAAAAAAAAACUAAACAGACUUGAGUAAAAUCUUUAAUAUCUUCUUCAGGUUAUUUCCAUCCUUUCCGACCAGUUAGAUUUUAUAUUAUUAUUAUUAUUAUUUAGAGGGACAGAGGAUGCAAAGGAGUUUAUUAUCUUGCCUGGACUGGCUUUGUUUCAUGGUGUUCACAUAUACACCUUUGUUCAAGCUCCUGGCUCCUUAAACCAUUGUAUUUAUCCUGAAGUAAAUGGAUCAAUAUUUUAUUGGACCAAUUUAAUUAUGUAUGUUUGAGCUCUGGAGAUUCUCCCUUUUUUAUAUGAGGGGCCAACUCUAGAUGCUUUUGUUUUGCAACAUUGUGUGAUUGUGUGGAUGAUUAAAGGUUCUCUAACUAUGAACACUGGUGAUUUGUUUUUGUAGGACUGUCUCUUUUUACCAUUAAAAUAUUAGCUAAGGCGUGUGAUGAUAUGCCAAUUGCAUAACCUAAGGUAGCACAAUCAUCCCCCAUAACCAUUACAUGCUCCUUUGUCCUUGUUUUAAUGGCAGUGAUUAGACAUUGGUGAAUACUCUCAGUUCUGACCCAAAACUGGAGGAAGGCACACAUAUCAUAGCACAAUAAAGACUACAACACCAUAUUGUGGUUAUGAGGUUUAGACUGCCUUUUUUCUUUUUUUUUUUUUCACCAUAGAUGAACUGAAUAAAUGUUUUCUAAUACAGUUUACGUCUAAAUAUACCAGGUAGUCUUCUAUAUUGGAGAACACUGAAUAUAAUUUAAAUAGUUUAUAUGCUCUAAAAUUGUCAAUAGCAAAAUGAAUGGAUGGUCACAUGAUCCUCAUUAUCUUUCCCCGUUCCCAGUAAAAUGGCAGUGGUAAUGGACUUGUUUACACUCUGCUGACUUAUGAAAGGUUGAAUCGGGACAUAUUUACUUGCAAGCAUUGUUUAAACGUCAGGUCUUCAAGCUAUGCUUCCAGUAGAAACUGACAAUGUCCAAUCUGUGCAACUCCUAGUAAGUUUAUUAUCUCUGACACCACAGAUUGCAUAUCAAAUCAUUGCUCUGGCACUUCUAUAGCAGUUGCAUAAGGUUGUCAGUAAAAUUAGUCUAUACCUGCUCGUUAGCAUACUACAUCUAUGAGGGCGGUACCUGUGUCCUUAUAAGGGCUAGUUCUUCAUGGCACAAUAUUGUCUCCAUGUUUUCCUUUUUGGAUCCAAAAAAUCCUUUUUGUGAAAUAAUAAUGAAUGGCAUCCUUUACUCAUCUUCCGUGCUAAGAUUGAAUACCCAUUCUACAUUGAAUGUAUGUACCUUCGCUGGGGCAUUAGUGAUUUAGGAGUGCAAGACUCUCACAUGAUGCUGGGGUUGCUGCUAUUAAAAUGCCAUAAUUGAUUAUUAUUUUUUUGUAUAUAUUUUUAUAUUUAUUUUUUUUUGCCAUUGUUCAUCAGAUACAGGUACCUGUAACAUCUGAUUUAAACAUAGCAUUUUCAUAACUUCUAUGUCUUGAGAAAAAAGUCACCUUAGAAAAAUUAGAAGUCAUUUUGAAUUGUUUAAACAUCAUGGUAUAGCUCAUCAUGCGUUCAAUUCUUGCCUAUAAUUGAUAAAAUUAUUUAAAUUCCUAUAUGAAAGCAUGUCCUAUAUAUUUUGUCCUAUAGCUUUAUAUGCCUCUGCUUUCUUUUCUAAAACCUCUAUUUUAAACUUCAUUGCUUUCAACACUCCCCUGCCAUUUCUCUUGCAAACCAAUUGCUGUGCUCUACAAAAUGGCAUGUUUUAUAAAAAUGCAGAGAGACUUUAAGGGUUUUCUGUUUUGUGCUAAUUCAACAAAAUGCAU